AUGUCCAAGCAGAUUGUUUCUCCAUUUUCAUAUCUUCCCCUGUACAAUCUACUCUCCGCAUUUGGUUGGGCAUACAUAUUGUAUGCUGUGAUUUCGAUUUACCCCAAGAUUGGUCAACCAGUCUUUUUCGAGCAAACUAAACAGGCAGUUAUCAUCAUUCAAUCAUGCGCAGCCAUUGAAAUAUUCAACUCUGCUCUUGGGAUUGUCCGGUCACCUUUGACAACCACGGUGGCUCAGGUUACGUCAAGGUUGGUAGUGGUGUUGGGUAUUUUUUCCCUAUUGCCAGAGACUCCUGCUGCUCGGUCCUAUGCCUACAUAUCACUACUCCUAGCAUGGUCCAUUACCGAAGUGAUUAGAUAUCUCUUUUACUUUUACUCCCUAUCUGCCAAGGAAGGACCCUCCAAACUUCUCGUCCUAUUGCGGUACAACUUAUUCUGGUUGCUGUACCCGAUUGGUGUUGGAAGUGAAUUAUACAUUAUUUUCAGUGCAUUGCCAAUAGCAGCAUCCAAAUAUUCUGAACAGUACCGGUAUUUUUUAAUUGUCUGCAUGUUCCUAUACAUUCCGGGAUUUCCAACAUUAUUUCUGCAUAUGGUCACACAGAGAGCCAAAGUUAUGAAAAAUCUGAGAGCUGGACCUGCGCAAAAGAAGGACUAA